GCUACAUGUCUGCUGUCAUCCAAUCUCGUGUUAAAGGCACUUGAUUCAUGACCUUUCUAAAUUAGACUUAUUGAUUUGUAAUGGGUCUGUGGGUCCAAUAUUAUUUGUUUAUCAAGCGGAGUGAACAACUUUAGUAACAACAAUGACGUAAAUAAUAAACGAUUGACAAAAAUAAUUGUCCGGUCAAUAUUUUUUUCAAAACAUGUUUAUGUUUCGUGAUGUUUAUCUGUGUCACUCAAACACUCUGACACCGCCCCCUGAGGGGCGGGCCUCCCACCGGUUACUCUGCGGUAGGUUUAGAGCUCAUUAGGUCCAGAUCUUGUGAUGUUUCGAAACAGAUUCAUAGUUAUUUGUUCUUCAUGAUUACUAUCCGGCUUAUGGACUCGGAAUACGGAAGAUUUGUGAAUGAAUGAUAGGCCAUUUGAAAAGGUUUUUUUUAUUUCCCGGAUGAGACACGGCUCAGAGUAAUGGAAUAAAUUCUAUCGGGGAAACCUUGACCUCCACCCGCGAUGGACAAACAGAAAGUUCUGUCUCGGCUGAUCCAGGAGCUGCAGUCCUUCCUGUGUGUUCUGGACACAGAGACCCUCAGUUACAUCGCUCAGACCCAGAAGAAAUCACUUUCAGAACUCUUGGCAAUACUACACACUGCAGACACUCCUGUGGAAGAUGCUGAAUACAUGUUUAUGAGCUGUCCAUCAUUAUCGCCUAGCAAGACGCAUACUGACACAUCUUUGGCAGAGGUACAUCUCCUGUCUAAGCAGGAAACUCAGAGGGAGUCUGCAUACAUACAAUCAAGGUCAUUGAAUGGGGGCGUAGCUGUACCCUGCCCAGGGAGUCUGGCGGGAGUCAUCAACCAUGAUGAUGAGGAGGAGGAAGAAGAGGAUGACGAAGAAGACAACUACGAAGAAGCAGAGCCUUAUUUACCUGAACUAACCUGCAAUAACAAAGAGAAGGCGGAGACUGAGAGCAGCCACUAUGAGUUGUAUGGGGAGGAGGGGGAGGAGCAAGUGAAGGACAGGGCUCACUACAUCCAACGGACAGCCUCUCAGCCCUGCCUAAGGUCCGCCCCGGAGUCCCGCCUCUGUGGCUAUCUGUGGAGGAAGAGGUGGCUGGGCCAGUGGAGCAAGCAGCUGUUUGUCAUUAGGAACGACGCCCUAUUGUGUUACCGGAGUGCUAAGGAUCUGUUGCCCCAGCUGGAGAUGGGUCUGCCGGGUUGUCAGGUGCUAUACCGGCCCCGGACCAGCAGGGGGCUCCAGCACGAGCUCCGGGUGUCGGAUGCGACCCAGACACUGGUCCUGGGACUCAACGACCCCCAGGAGGCAUCAGAUUGGAAAAGGGUCAUGGAAGACAUCAGCCGUGGGGGUGUAGAAACAUUGAGCUGCUCCUCCCAUGUCCAGUCAGACCGAACCCCUUCAUACAGAUACAGCCCAGCUCUGCAAAGGGAUGAAGAAGACGAUGAACCUCCGGACAACUACAGCAACAAAGGCUUCCUCAAUGUGCUGAUGAACUACCAAUGGCAAAGCUUGCUGUGCCAGGUGGAGGUGGGGCUCCUGAAGAUGUUCGGCGACGAGGAGGGGCCGUCUGACGAGGGCGACCGCCCGCCCCAGUACACCCUGCCGCUACGAGGGGCAGACGUCCUCCCUGGGCCUGCCACUGAGCAAUCCUACCGCAUCUAUCUCAGCCUACAUGGGCUUCAGAUGGCCGUGUUGGAGGCCAGCUGCUUGGACGACAAACAGCGAUGGCUUCAGCUGCUCAGGGAAGAAGCUUACCAUCAGAAUCCAUCUUGUGGCAAGGAUGGAGAACCAGACAAUACAGGUGUAGCCCUCAGUGGCCUGCAGACCAGGCGAUUUCCCACCCCCAACAUGUACAUGGACGACCUGUUCUGCCUCAACGAUACCACCCGCUCCCAGCCCAUCUACUCCAACACCUCCAGACUGCGCUACACGGAUGGGGUGCAGGAGUGCUUAUUUCUCGGGGACACAGUGACCUACAGCAACACAGGCUUUGCCAGCCAUAACAGGGUCUUGGAGGUGAAUCGAAACAUCCAGAAGCUGGAGCUGACGGGGUCCAGGAGGGCAGGUUCGGAGCUGAACCUGUCAACCGCCGGGAAGCAAAACAAACGCACCUCUUUCAGACAGUCUCUGACCAUUUGCAGCGAGCGAGCUCAGGCUGGCUUUUUAAGGCCUCUGCUGCGCCGCACGGCUUCAGCCAAGACCUCGUUGAAAAGAGUUCCCUCUGCGCUGUUCAUCCAGCAGGGCAAGGCCUUGCCCCGCCGACAGGAAUGCGAGCACAAGGCUACUGCUUGAUACAACUGUCCUUCAGACGCACAAACACACACUCACAUGUGAAGGAUUUACGAUUGAUUUAACUUAUGAAUUAUCAAUGAAUUCACUUGUCAUAAGGACUUAUAACAAUAACAAAAAUCUGUUCAAAAUAAUCGAACACUGUGUGCAUCUCCUUGCAAUAUGUUGCAGAGAUAACGAAGAAAGUAUCACAAUAUCACAAUAUAAAUGACAUCUUGCUAGUGAUAAGUGAAUAUGGAUUUUAUUUUCUUAUACCUGCCUACCUUGAUGAUAUGAGACUAAAUGAAAUCCUCUGAACUUCCUAUAUAACAGAUGUAUUUCCAUUUAAUAGCAUCUGUCUAUCUUCACUUUUUUUCAGACUAAAAUAAUGUAUCUUUCUAAAAAAAAACAAGACCAAUUUUUUUAAUAGAAUAAACUGUUAAAAGAAGCAGUUUCCAUCACAGUUUCCAUCAUUAAGGCCUGGUCUACUUUGAAGGUAACAGUAGGCUGGAGGCACUGCCACUAUUCUCCAGUUGAAAUCUGACAAAUGUAUGAUCCUUUAAUCUCCACCGUCAUAAUAACCAUUUUCACUUUUAAAUGUCUUUUGUUUUCUAUUGUUUACUUAAACACUUCUUAUUUUAACAAAUCUACAAAUAUCCAAUGUUAUAUGUAUUUUCUGUGAUCAUUUGUGUAUAUUUGUUCACGAGGGAAAGAGAUAGCAGUAAGACACAUAAAUCGACACACGCCAUAAAGGCAAAUAAAGCAAAGCACAAAGACAGCAGGGCAGCCAAAGCUCACAACAUGACUGUCGAAAUGAAUGUAUUGAAUGCAAAAAAUAAUUGAUGACAGUGUGUGUGUGUGUGUGUGUGUGUGCGCGCGUGCGGAUAUGUGAGUAAGUGUGUGUGCGUGUGAGUGUCUGUGUGUUGUUCAUUAUAAAUUUAAUUGAUCAUUUUUAAAGCAGUUACUAAAAACUUUAACUCCACUCAUUCUCACUGUGGGGUUCCAACUGUGUUCACAGAAACGUUUGUGUUAUCUCACAACUCUUAAUUGUACCUUUGUGAUUUAUGUCUAUUAUAAUAAAAUGAUUGUAAUCAAAUUGAUUAAAAUGAAA